GUCCGGCAUAGGAAACAAAGUUCACAGCAGUUACCAGCUGGAAUAGAAAGACAAGCCAAAGCGCCAUGUCGACCUCCCUUGAGUAUUUUAACCCAAACAUGUACCACGUUUUCCGUGUGUUCAACCAGAAAUUCAUUGUCGAUAAACGCUUUGAGCUAAUUAGAGGAUUAGGCCAGGGGGCUUAUGGUGUUGUCUGCUCUGCAAAAUGUACGGAAACGGAGGAAGGGGAGGACAAAGUUGCCAUCAAGAAGGUGACAAACGUUUUCAGAAAGAAGAUUCUUUGCAAGCGUGCUCUCAGGGAGAUCAAGUUGCUUGCCCACUUCAGAGGGCACAAGAACAUUAUCUUUCUUUGCGAUCUAGAUAUAAUUCCAGACUCAAACGGCAACUUUGAUGAGAUUUUUCUCUACGAAGAAUUGAUGGAGUGCGAUUUGCAUCAGAUUAUCCGCUCCAAGCAGCCAUUGACAGAUUCACACUACCAGUCCUUUAUCUACCAAAUCUUAUGCGGGUUGAAAUAUAUUCACUCUGCCGAUGUCUUGCACAGAGACUUGAAGCCGGGAAACCUCUUAGUCAACGCCGAUUGUGAGUUGAAGAUCUGUGAUUUUGGUUUGGCAAGAGGCUACUCAAGUGAUCCUGAAAAAAACCAAGGAUUUUUGACUGAGUAUGUGGCAACAAGGUGGUACCGAGCACCAGAGAUCAUCCUUUCAUUCCAGGGUUACACCAAGGCAAUUGACAUGUGGUCCGUUGGUUGUAUAUUGGCUGAACUUUUGGGAGGCUCUACAAUUUUCAAAGGGAAAGAUUAUGUUGACCAGUUGAAUGAAAUUUUGCGUGUUCUUGGUACCCCUGAUGAAGAAACCAUCCAAACGAUUAAAUCAUCGAGAGCACAAGCCUAUAUCCGGUCAUUACCAUUCAUGCCUAAAAUCCCCUUCAAUGCUUUAUACCCUGAAGCUGAACCUCUGGCGAUAGAUUUACUGGAGAAGCUUCUUACCUUAGAGCCGAACCAGCGUAUCAAUGUCGAUGAAGCUCUUGAACAUCCAUACUUGGAGGUGUGGCAUGAUCCAAUGGACGAGCCCAACUGUCCAAAAAAGUUUGACUUUGACUUCGAGGCAGUAGAUGAUUUAGGUAUGAUGCGUGAAAUGAUUAUACAUGAAGUACGUGCGUUCAGAGACUUUGUGCGCCGUCCCUAUACAGGAGAAGAAGAGAUUUUUGAUUCAUCCAAGUUUUCUUAUCCAAAUGAAGGAAACAAUGCAUCACAAAUUCUUUUGCAACAGGAACAGCUACAGCAACAGCAACAACAUAAUUUACAACAGCAACAGCAACAACAGCAACAGCAACAGCAACAGCAUGAACAGCAGCAACAGAACAUACAACAACAACAACAACAACAACAACAACAACAACAACAACAACAACAACAACAACAGCAAAAUUUACAACAACAGCAGAGCUUACAACAACCACAUCAACAACAGCAACAACACCAGCAACAAAAGUUACAGCAGCAACAACAACACAUGCAUCAAGAUAUGAUGCCAUCCUUACUCACCCCAACUGAUGCCCUUCAGUACAUCGACCAGGACCUUCCUCCACACCCGGAGGAGAUGAUCUUCGAGAACUCGAAUAAUAUUGACUUAGAGCAAGAAUUAGCUUAUGGCCUCGAUGGCUACGGUUUUCAUUGAACUAUACAAAAAGGCAAAGACGUCUGCUAGUAGUGCACACGCAAAAUGCCCUGAUUUAUAAAGAAUGUAUUUAUAAUUUUGAGAUUGAAAGCUUAC